UCUGUACUCUUUAUUCGGAAGCGGCCAUGAAUCAACAACCAAGAUAAAGUACACCUACAUGUCGCAUCCCGCAGCUCGCUCUGUUCACUUGUGGUUUGAUUUACCACAGAACGCAAAAUGUGUUUGUAAUGAAGUCUGUGUCACUGAAUCUCAAAAGGGGACUUAUUUCUGCGUCAUAGGAUUCAGUCGCGGAUAUAGCGGCAUACAGGAACUCUAUGAUGGAAAGAAGAUGGCGAUCUUUUCUGUCUGGGACAGCGAGACGAAUACCGACCCUUCUGAGGAUAAAAGAGUACAGGUCAUAUACAGUGGAGAGGGAGUUGAGGUUUCUCGAUUUGGUAAUGAAGGAACGGGUGGUAAAACCAUGAUGCCUUACGAAUGGGUAGUCGGCGAACCUGUACAAUUCAAAUUGGAAGCCGAAAACCUCGAUGAACUUUGGACAGCUUAUUCUUGCUACAUUAAAAACAGUUGUUCACCAGAUUGGUUUCAUAUGGCAACAAUGAAAACGAUCACAAAUGGCGAAUUGCUUAAGGGAGUGUACUCCUUUGUUGAAGAUUUCCGGCGAGAUGGUGCUAGUCAUUGUGAAAUCCGUUCGGCAAAGUUUGGGGACUGCUUCUGUAUGCAGGAUGAUGGUCACAAACUAUGUAACCGAGCACAAUUUACUGCAGAUAGUUCCACACCGCUAAAUAUUAAUGCUGGAUUAAGUGACAAUAAAUUUUAUUUAGCUACUGGUGGUGAAACUAAGAACACGAGCACACCACUCAAUGGUUUUAUUACCAAGUCUUCUGACCCUGAGUGAAGAAACACGACACAAAUAAAGUUAGGACUGGUGUUGGCAUCUUAUGGACUUUAGUGCAAUAUAUUUCAUGUACAUUUAUAGCUGGGAGUAGGGUCGAGGGAGAACUAAUAUUACCUGGCAAUGAAUAAAGUUUUAAGACAAA